UUUAAAUUAUAAAAAUAAAUUUUCAAUUAAGUGUGUUAUUUGUAAUUUAAAAAGCGCAUAAUUACUGAGAGUGUAAAAUUUCAGUUGCGUUGAAUCGUGGGUAAAAAUAACGUUUUUAGCGUAAAAAGUCGUGAAAAGUAGGAGACGAGAGAGCGUAACAUUCAUUUUCCUUUGCUACACACGUUGGCUUCGCCGUUGGUUCUCACGCGGCCGCUCAAAAUAACUCAAGUGAAUUCUGAUUGAAUCAAACAAUCAAAUUAUAAACUUUUUUGCUUUCUAGUUAUCGUAUAGAAAUACGUCAAAUAUAAAAAACUAUAUUUGAUCUUCUAAAAAAAAUUUAGAAAAGCAAAGGAGUUGUGCGGUGUGUUUAGCAAAAAAAAAACGGUAAAAGUGUGACUUGCGAGCGUAUUUUUACGUUUUGUUUCUCAACAACUGGAAAGAGUAACAAGUGUGUUGGAACUGUGCGCAAUGGAGUCGUCAACAGUUGUCGAUGGUAGUUCACCCUCCUCCUCCGCCGUGAGUACGCAAAAGCGUGGUGCAUCAGAGCAAUACGAAGACAUUGACGAGCUUAAUGAGUCGUCAGAGAAAACCAUUUCAGCAUCUGCUAAGCGCUUCAAGUUGCUUGAGUUCCAUAGUCCUGCCAACCACGAGCCCUCGGUCAAGGUUGCAGCUAUAUUCAAAUCCAAUAAGAAGUUGAAUAAGUUCGCAAUGAAUGUGUUGUCACCCAUAACGGAGUUAACCAAGCAUUUAUCAGAUGCCAACUUGCGUACGCCUAGUUCUGCCAACAACAUGAACUUGAUUGGUAGCUUCGGUGUGACCCCAAUAGAUGAUGAUUCGGAUGAAGAGAAUACUCCGCCCGGCUUGAAAUCAUUUAACCUAAGAUUGAGUGACGAAGAGAGUAACUUCUAAUGUAGUCAAAAAUGAAAUUAAGAAUUGCUCUAUGGUUUCUUCAUGUGUUUGUUGUACUCUCAUAUUUUACUCAUCAUAAUGAGCUGACGAUUCUAUAAGAUCCUCUUUUAGGAGUUGCAUACAGUUCUCAACAAUUACAAUCAAGUGACAAUUUUAGUUUCACGUGAUACGUUCACUGUUGUCUGAUAUGUACAUACAUAUUUUGCCUGCCUUCC